ACAACCUAAAAUCGCGGGCAAGCCAGCGAGAGGCAAGGUACCUACGGAUACAGCAGUAGCCACAGCCCACAGUCGAGGGCCCUGGGCUCUUGUGCCUGCAAUGAAAUGGGGACUCCCUCUUUGCCUACCCUAGGGAUCCCCUGCUCUUCAGACAUCUGGCAACGGACCCGCUGAUCUGCUCAUCUUCAUCCUCCCAUUCUCGACUCCCACUCGCUAUGCUCUGCCCGCCGCUCCUCUCUAGCCUUGCCUCCCACUCUUCGUUGUGUCUCUCAAGCUCUUACCUCCCGCAUCCACUAAGAUCGAGAGAACGGCCAGGAACCCAGAGACGAGGCACACUCCCCGAACGCUGCUCUCUUCUCACACACCCAGACAACCCAGCUCGCCUUCACGUAGGUUUCUCUCCAUCGGUCCAAGUCGCCCGCCCCUGGUCUCUCUCACUCACUUUGUCUCUCUCUCUCUUGCCAUGCUAUGCUGGGUGCUGUGCUCCUCCAAGCAUCCUCUUGCACUCAUUCUCUCUGCCCCCCCACCCCCAUCGGUGCUCUUUCUCUCUCUCUCAAGUUGCCUCCUACCCCCCGUCAACGCACAUGAUGUACUUUCAGACUGCCUGUGCAAUACCCGCUUCUCUCCCCCGGACGAGUUGCUUGCUGAGGCCCAGGAUCCUCGCACGCCGCUUGUAUAUCUCUAGCCAAUCUCUCAUCCAUGUAGCCAAUGGUUGCCAACCAGAACGCUCACCACCUCUCGAUACAUAUAUACACUCCUCGUCCCCGAGGCUUGCCACACUUGGAUGUAUUACUGUGCCUCUUGACUUAUCCUCUCGCUUUCAUCUUUUGCUCUCUUACCUCUAGCGGUAUACCAUCUUUUCCCAGAAUACCAUCACUUCCUACGUACCAUUGCCGGACUGCCUUAGUGUUCGACAUCGAUAUCAUCCUGCCUCCUUCCUGACUGACAGCCGGUCUCACAAACGUGUUAUAAAACGCAAUUCCACGGUUUCGUCCCACAUUCAACUUGAACACUAGAC